AUGUGGUUCAUAAUAAACGGAGAGCCGACACCGACGGAUAUGGUGAGAUUAUCCAUUGUAUUGACAAACGGUGUAUCGGCGUCCGCACAGGCUCCCAUAAACUCCGUAAAAGCAAUCACAUUAAGACCGAAUGAAGGGUACACAUAUCCUAAAACAUUGGAAGUCAGCCCAUCGUCUGCGUUGCAGAGUUAUGAUAAGACGACCGGUAAGGUCAUAAUACAAAUGACAUCCGAUGUUACAAUACACGGAGAAUGCGUUAUAGACAUUCCGCACACUUAUGAAGAACUGGAGGAUUUCUCGCACACCGAACUGUCGGAAUAUACACAUGCACAGUUGGGUGGCGAAACUGACAAGAACGGCAAUAUGGACAAGAUUGAGAAAGCCCUUCUCGAAAGAUGCAGAGUUUCCGACGGACUCCCAACAACAGUGGGUAUCGAGGGAGAUCGCUGUUUUGAUAAGACCGGUAAGUGCGAAUAUAUCGUCCAGGAUGGCAUGUGGACACGCAUGCCAAGUGUGAAAGUGGUGGACAAACUUCCCGAAACCGCGGGAGAGGGAGAGAUUUUCUUCCUGUACGACAGUGAAUAA